AUGGACCAAGCCACAGAGGAAUUACGCGUCGAGCCCCCGAAAGCCAUUGAACUGGAUGCCAUGAUGGACGAUGUGUCUGCCAAAGAUGACAUUUCAAUUACACCGGCACCCAAAUCCUCAUACACACCCCAGUUCCCAUCAGAGAGCUCAGUCAUCUUGGGCCGUCUCAAGAAUGAUUCCCAAACAGAGGGCAACGGGAAUGUCAGAGAGAAACAUUCCGCAGACUUGAAAGACACUUUGACUAUGCCGGCACCUACUAAAGCCAGAGGUCAAUCCUCACUAUCAUACUCUCUCAAUGCAGGCGUGAAGCGAAAACGAGAAGAGCUGUCGGAAAAGAUUGAUCUGACUCAAAGCACUGUCCCCUUCCCGUGGAAAGUCCGCUCUCAAACUCAACAAGCUACUAUCGAGGCUCAGCAUACCGGAGAGGAAACCAGAUGUUCAAUGUGUGACGGCUCUGCUCAAGUUUCCCCCUUAGUCACAUGCACUAGAUGUCUUGUAUCUUGGCACCAAAAAUGCCAUCCUCCUUUGGUUAGGGGCGAGGACAUGACUUCUGCAAGCUUCACUUGUGCCAAGUGCGUUGCGGCCAGAGAACAGACCGUCAGACUCAGGGGCAGAGUUAGUCAGCAACGGGAACACGAAAUCGAGCGGCUUCGACAGAAACGCCUGUCUGCUCUCCCCAAGGGUGUUAUCCCUGCAAAACCUCACCUCGUGGGGUUUGGUCCUGGUCGGGCUUCGGAGGCUUCACGAGCACAAUACUUUGAAUCCGUGCCGAAGACAGACCUUCUUAAUAUUCUAUCAUUGUGCGAUCAACUGAGACCAAACCUCCUUGUUGACUUGCUCGUAUCUAUCUCAAAACGGCAUCCUGAAAUGCCCAUAUUCGAUUCACCUGACUGGGAUAGUCAAUUGUCAAACACUUCUCGGCCUCCUAAAACAAAGCAUGACGAGAAGCCGCGACAUGGACAUGUUCUUGUCAACAGAGCAGCAAAACCGAAGCAAAAGACUACGAAAAAGAUACUCAAACGCACUCGGGUCAUAGAAGUCAUCACAAGUGCGCCAGAGGAAGAUAAUGUCGAUAUUCUGCCGCCAACUUGGGCGAAGGCUGGCCAUGGAUUAUACUCACAUUUACUGCCUGAUACAGAAGACAGGUCGCUUCUCAUGGAUGAGAACGAUGAAGAAUCAUUCAGUCACUUUUUGGUCGAUGGGGCUGGGCGUCAGAUCAUGGAACCUGUGGGUGCUUAA